CUGUAAUAAUAAAAAAACAAUAAUGGUAAAGAGCCCCCUGUCGUUCAGGCUGAGGCAAAAUGCGGCGCAACCGAAGCGCAAGGAGUCGCGCAAGGAGAGCAAUAAGAAACAGUCGAAACAUCCGCCACCAGUUAAACCGGAGCUGAACACCACGUCUACCAAUCCGUUGCUUUAUCCGGGAGGCGACACCGCCUUCAAAGCGUUGUUGUCGGCGAGGUUUUGUGCCGCUAUUUGGUCUCACAUAUCAGACUGUGAUGAAACUUACAAUUACUGGGAGCCCUUGCACUACUUAGUGUUCGGAAAGGGACUGCAAACAUGGGAGUACAGCCCAGAGUUUGCCCUAAGGUCUUACACCUACUUGAUGUUUCAUGCUGCCCCCGCCUAUAUUUAUGAGAAAGUAUUGCAGCCAAAUCCUUUAUUAAUGUUCUACUUCAUUAGGUGUUUGUUGGGUCUUGUUUGUGCGUUUGCUGAGGUCUACUUUUACAAAGCUGUGUGCAAAGAAUUCGGCGUCCACAUAGGCAGAAUAUGUCUAACAUUCCAGUUAUUCUCAGCGGGAAUGUUCAUAUCGAGCACCGCAUUCCUGCCCUCCAGUUUUGCCAUGUAUACGUUCGCCGCCGCCUGCGCAGCUUGGUGGCAACAAAGCUACGCCCUAGCCAUAUUUUUCACCGCCCUAGGGUCCCUCUUAGGUUGGCCCUUCGCCGCCUGGUUGGGCAUCCCCAUCGCCUACGACAUGCUGGUACGGAAAAAGCAGUACGUGGACUUCUUCAUGUGGGCCGGCCUGUCGUUUUUGGUUGUGAUCGUGCCCAUGGUCGCCAUUGAUUCGAUUCAGUUCGGCAGACUGGUGAUUGCACCCCUCAAUAUUGUCUUGUACAACGUACUAGGGGGGCACGGCCCUAAUUUGUACGGGACGGAGCCGUUCUCCUUUUAUUUCAUCAACGGUUUUGUCAAUUUUAAUUUCGUUUGGGUCUUGGCGUUGUUCAGUCCCUUGGCUUUGGUUCUGAAUUACUUGUUUGUGCCGUCGAAGAACAAAAGCACGUUGUUUUUGCCCUACUGGCUUUCGUUGAGCCCCCUGUUCCUGUGGCUGGCCAUUUUUACACUCCAGCCGCACAAAGAGGAACGUUUUCUGUUUCCGAUUUAUCCUAUGAUAUGCUUAAGUGGUGCCAUCUCAUUGGAUAUACUACAGAAGUUGUUCUUUAGACUGUGGAGUCUGGUGCAAAAGAUGCCUGUUGGUACCCACUACUUGGAGAGAACCAUGGUCAUUACCUUGCUGGUUUUAUCUGUGACAGGAGCUUUAGGUGUGUCCCGCAUUUUCGCCCUCUACAAGAACUACCACGCGCCCCUGGACCUGAUGAUGGAACUGAACCGCUUCCCCGCCGAGAAAAAGAUAUCGGAACGGGCGCAGAUCAACGUUUGUCUGGGCAAAGACUGGUACCGAUUCCCCAGCUCGUUCUUCCUCCCCAACCGGCAGUGGAACGUGCGAUUCGUGCAGUCGGAAUUCGAGGGCAUACUGCCUGCACCCUACUCCGAAACGUGGAACGGCACCGCCAUCGUGCACGACCACUUCAACGACCGCAACGAAGCGGUGCCCUCGUUGUACUUCGACGUGAAUAAAUGUCACUUCCUGUUGGACUUGGACAUCGGCACGGAGACGGCGCUGGAGCCGAACUACGCCAGGGACAAGGGGUCGUGGAAGGUGAUCAAGAGUUGCCCCUUUCUUAACGUGGAGAAGUCUCACAGGUUUUACAGGGCGUUUUUUAUACCUUACUGGGGGGAGGAGUACGUCACGUACGGUACUUUUAACUUGCUGCAGUCGACCAAGUUUAAAUACAAAAAGUAGGGCAGGGCCCCUUGGUAAAGGGGUAAUUCUAGUCAACGAUGGGACUGACAUCAUCAGAAUAAUUAGAGGCAUUUUACGUUAACGAUUUAUAGCAUUUCGAACAUUCCAUUACAAAAGAACUGACGCCAAUCAUUUUUGUAUGUCCCCUGGGUAAUAUUAAGUAAUAAUAAAUGUUGUAAAUAAUGUGAUUUUGUGCAUUUAAACAACCUUGUAGGCUAGUUGUAAUGUUUCGAUGAUGUUUUAUUCGUUUUCUAGAUGUUUGUGUAACGAAAAACUGAAUAAAACGGUUGAAAAACGUAUAAAGAAAAACAGAUUCCAUAUUAUAA